UGUAACAUUUCACAUUUGGCAUACAAAAUUAAAAUAAAAUUGUGGAAAACGUAAUAAACUGGUUACCAUAGCCAAAAAAAGAACUAUGUUAUAGUAGGCUGCAGCUAACAGUUAACGGUCCUCGUAAAAAGUUCCUGCUUGUCUUAAAAAAAUGGCGGCUUCCAAUUGUGUAGAUCGCUUGGAUAACGAGGUUGUCUACAAGCUUAUACGCCUAUAUCGUGCCAAUGAUUGUCUAUGGAAUCCCAGUUCGCCAGGCUAUUAUAACAUGCCGUUGAAGGAGAGUGCCUGGACGCGUAUAGCGAGUUACUUUGAGAACAACAUGACCGUUGAUGAGGUCAAGAUGCAGAUAUUGUCAUUGCGCUACUAUUUUGAUGCAGAACGUUUAAAUAUUGAGCGCAAUCGACUGCAGGGGUAUCAUUACGCGUCACAAUUUCCGUUUUAUGAAGAGCUUGAAUUUUUAAAAAUGAUCGACACAGAAUUGGAAAUUAUUGAGCCAUCGAUUUUAUCUUACAAGGAUCAAAUCAAUAACAUCGUUGAGGAGUCCUAUCUGCUGAGCACUGGGCAGAACGGUAUCCACAGCGACAAAGUUGAUUUCUCAGACGUUGAAGAUUUUGAAGGCACCGAUGGCUCAGAUGAGGAGACAAUACCACUGCAGCUAAUCAUCCCACCGCCCAAGUUGCAUAAAAUGCGUUUGGAAACACGAGUAGUGUCUGGCAAUGAGCGAGGUUUGGAAAGAGAACGCCACAAUGACAUGAAUAAUACAAAUUAUAGAGCCGAGCACAGUGGUUGGCAACCAGAAAGUACCGAACCUAAGGAACAACAAAGCUUGAAUGAUCUACAAAAAGAAUGGCCACCAAAGCAGUUUAAGAGAAAAGUACUAACUGGUAAAUACAGAAAGCUCUUGACCGAUCAUGGCAACAUAGAAAAUUGGAAUAACAACUCUCAGCAGAGCAACCCCAAAAGAGGCUAUGAUGAAAAUGAAGUGGACGCUGAACAAGCAUGGGAUAAUGCUAAGCCAAAAACAAAAUGCAAGCCUUUCUAUAAGCUUCUAAGCAGAAAUGGAGUUGGAAAACUGGCAACGCAGCAGUAUAGAUAUGCUACAAAUGGAGGAUUGACUGGCCAUGCCCCUAUACCACAAUUUGGAGUGUCGCCAGAUGAAACUAACUUGGAUGCGGGUGCUUGCGAUCACUGCCGUGGAAUGAGACAGCAACCGCAAUAUAAUUCCUAUGACCAGUAUGGACAGCCUCAAGCACAGCAAAAAGACGUACAGUAUACGAAUCAGCAGCAACCUUAUAUACGUUACUGCAAUCAAAAUACCUGUCCCGGCAGAUCAAAGACUGCAGCACAGACUCCACGACCGCCGCCGCCCUCUCCUAACCAAGAUACCUACGAGGAGGAUGAGUUUCCAGCUGAAACACAGCCACGAGAAUUAAACAACCAACCAGCGUAUCAACAGCAAGAUGAAUUGGAGCACUACCAACCAGCAAUGGAAAAUACUCAGCAGCAACCUUAUGCCCAGCCUCCAUACGAUGUGGAAGAUGAAUAUCCAGAAGCUGCAAAGAAACAACCAUUUGCAAAUGCUCCAUUAAACGAUACUCAUGAAGAUCAUAUGGCUCGUUCCGAUGAAUUUGCGACAAAAGAGUAUAAUGUAGAGACGAGACAAGGAGCUUUUAGACAGCCAUUAUCCACAACUGCCUCUACUCAAGCACCAGAGUUUCCACGUGAUGAGAACUAUAAUGCACAGCCAAGGCAAAAAAGGAGAUCACAUGAGCCGGUUGAUGAUGAAGAGUAUGAAGUGGAGCCUAUGCCACAAAGAAUGUAUAAAGCACCUGCACCAGUUGAUGAUGAAGAGUAUGAAGUUAACUGUAGGACAUUCAGAAAAUCAAGAGAAUAUGAACCGGUUGAUGAAGAGUAUGAAAGGGCUGCUAGGCCAAGGCGGAACCCAAAAGCAUCUGAUAUCGUGUAUCGUUACAAUCUCGCUGAGCCUGAGCCUGAAACGCGACCAAGGCAAAGGGGCAGGCGAAUUUCGCAAGAUGACUAUGAGCGUGAGCGUGAGCGACCACCCAGACGAAUGGCAAAUAGAUAUGAUGACGAGGAUUACGUUGUAUGCAGGGCACCUUCUGAUAACGAUGAGGAUGAAUAUAAUGACUAUUCUUAUAUGCGAAAGAAAGCCCGAGAAGAUAACGAUGACGUUGAAUUUAUUGAAUGUCCGUAUGUGCAAAAGAAAGCGCCAGACAAUCGUGAUCGUCGUAGAUACAAUAAUUAUGAUAACGAUAGCGAUCCAACUGAGUAUGAGCGAAAACCACCAUCCAAGCAGCCCCGAGCUCAAGAGUUCAACUAUGAAACUCGAGCAGCUGCUAAAAGCCAGCGUAACCCAUCAGUGCAAAAUAGUCCCGAGUACCGGAAUGCAGCCAGAGCACCCGGGCCACGCACACAAGCUAUGAAGAAUGACGAUGCCAGAGAUAGCACACAAAAGAAAAGAAAAGCUAACGAUAGGAAAUUUGACUCGGACGAUGAUUAUGAAUAUGCCAGAGGCAGGAGCAGUAACAAAAAACGACUUGGCAAUAAGAAAUUUGAUGAUGAAGAUGACUAUGAUGAAGGUACGCAAAGAAAGCCACGACGUCAGCAACGAGGACCACAUGCUAACAACUUGGAGAACAUUCCAUGUACAAGGUGUAUGCCAAAGCCAGCGUCUGUGAAAACGUAUCCUCUAUCGGACCUGAAUGAUUGUGAUUGCUGCAAAGAUGACGCAGUACCACAGCGAGCUCAAAAAAACGCUUAUAGAUCAGAUCGCCCGCAGAGAAUGCCAGAGAAAGAUGAAUAUGCGAUGGAGGCUAGACCUAAAAAAAAAUCAAGACCACAGGAGCCAGUAGAGGAUGAUUAUGCGCCUGAGCCUUCUAGGUCAAAACGAAAGCCUAAAGCACCGGAACCAACAGAGGAUGAGUACAACGUUGAGUCGCCAAGAUCGAAAAGAAAGACUAAGGCACCAGAGCUUGCUGAAGAGGCGUAUGAAGUAGAGCCCAGGCCUAAAAAGAAAGCAAAGGAGCAUGACUGUGAUUGUAGUGACGACGUAGAUGAAGCCACCAGACCACCCAAACACAGUUCACAAUUGCCGAAACAAGCUUCACAGAAAGAGUCUGGCAGUCAGCCUGUCAAUCCAGCUCCUUGUGAAGCCGAUUGUAAUGUCAAUGGAGAGUGUGAUGAACAAAACGCAGCAUAUGAAGCGGAGAAGCCAAACGAUAAUUGUGAUUGCAUUUGUGCAGAGGAAUAUAAUAGGCACGCUAGGGGGAUAGCCAUUGAGACAGACAUUGAUAUGUCACUGCAAGAUCGAAAUUGUGAGUGCCACGAUAAUGAGAAUGAUAAUGACGAUAAUGAUAUGCCACAGCGUGGCGGCGUCAAAGCGUCGCGGAAAAUUGCACGUAAAGUAAAUAAAAUAUGCAAAUGCACGCCACCUGUGUACAAUAGAAACAAGCCUGCCAAGAAUGGCGUAGCUGGCGCUAGAACCGAUGCUGGCAAGCAUCGCAGCAAUUCGCCGAGUGGCAAGAGUCGUGGCAGUCAUAGGCGCCAUCUCAAAGUAGAGGACGAUGGUGUAAACAAAUUCCAGUACGAUGAGUACGUCGAACGCGUACGUUCGGGAUUGGAAGAACAGCAGAAACAGAAUCAGAUACUCAUUAAAAGUGGACUAGCCGUACUUUGUUCGCUGCGUAUGCCGCCCAAUCUGGCAGCAACUACCUACAACAUUGUCAGUGAUCAUAUAACACGCCUAUCCUCCAAGAUAGUGCCUGCGGAGAAGUCAACUAAAGCUGCAGCAACGUACAGUGAUAUUAAGCGCAAGUCUACGCUCAAAAAGCCAGCAUCCGGCACAAAGCUUUAUAAUCCCAGAGAGCCAAGUCCAUUUCGAAACAUCAAUUAUAAUGCAUCCAAGGCAAAUGUGAUUAUAUUACAUCCACCCGUGGAAGGAUUUCGUUCAUCUAAAUACUCCUUUGCCAUGGAGGAGCCAAAGCAGCACAGCACUGAAGCAAACAAAGUGCCUGCAACGCCUGCUAAGCCCAUCAGGCAUAAAAGAACUAUACGAGAUUAACCUAAACUGAAGCCUACUAUUAACAUAGUUUCUUUACACUACACAACAAUUUGCAAAACUAAAAAUUUCCAUGUAACUCAGCAACUAAA